CAGAGUUAGCUACUUUUUUAUUUUUUUAUUAUUAUUUUCUUAAGCUAAAUCUGUGUUUGAUGGUUAAAACGUUUUUAACUAAUAUGUGGGGCAUAAAUAUCUUUAGUUCCUAUGCCAAAUAGGAGUUGGAUAUAGGCUUUUUUAACUCAUUCAGGCGUUUCUUGCAUUUUCCCCUUGUUUUCAGUGAAAUUUUACACUAUGCUGUGUAAGCAGUUUUUCUUUAGAAUUGCACCAACGUUACAAGUGUUUUUUUUAUCAGUUAAAGUCUGCACUUUUUUCUAUGAAUAAAACAUGAAUCACUGUAAUUAUUUAAUUUUAUUUUUAAAUGAGUGUACAUUUUGUCAGAAAAGGCGCAAAUACUACUAGUCCACUAAAGUCAAUAGAGGUUUUAGAAGAACAACCUGCCAUGCUAAACAUUAAUGAAAUAUUUCUUUUCAUUUAAGUGAGUUGUGAGUUGCUCAACCAGAUGCUGGCCAUGAACUUUUGUUUAUUGUAAAUCAUUAAACCAGUUCAAGUUGACUUUCUGCCUCUGAAUACAUGCUUCACAUUUUUUAGAUCUCUGAUGUACUAACACACUGUAAUUUGUCAUCAAAGACGAUAAAUAAUGGUUUCCUGACUUUUUAAUAAGUCUAACUGUGCAGCUGUUCUCGCAUUAAAGAGCCGGAGCUGAUCCUCCCCUUUGCAGUUAAAGUCUUGUAUCUGCUCCGCCACAGUUCAAGCAGAAUGCGCAACCACUUCAGAGUGCUUGGCUGAACCUGUGAAAGCAAGCAAAGUGACAUUCCUGUCACCAUCAGGCCUGAUUCAGCUGUGGGUGUAGCGCACUUUUUCCACUGCUGUCCUGCAGGUUUGCUGCCUUGUUCAAGUUCGAGAGGUGUUGGCUUGGAUGAUUUUCUCUUGCUCUGCUGAUCUAAAAAAGUUCCUGUAAUGGGAGGGACGGUAAUUAGCAGUUAUUGAAGCUUUCACUAGGAAAGACCGGUACAUGUUUUGUCAACCAGGUUUUGUUUCCACAAAACGUGUGAAUGUGGGUGUUGAUGAUCAGGUUUUUCCUCAAUUGUCUUUAUGAAGUGUUCGUGUUAGCAGAUGAAAAAUGUUGUUCUCCAUAUUACCAUUCCCAUAAAGAUUUCUCUUGCGGACAGCUGCAGGUGUCUUCACAUUUAGGGAAGAUUUCCUAUUGUGAUGAUCUAAGGGGAUGUUAAAUGAGUGCUUCCUCUCCGAGAAGACUAAAAAUACCUUCUUGCACCAAUGUGAGAAGAGAAACUGCUCACAUCCCUAGCUCACAAGUAGAUUAUUCUUUCUUUUUAGUUCAUAUUUAAUGUGUUGACAUUGUGGGGAGUUUCCUUCCAGAAAAGAAAUCGUUAAGCUGAAUCAUAGAUAGAGCAGACAUCUAGUCACAGCUUCUUUAAAUUUACUUUUAAACUCGGCUCAAAAGUUCUUUUGUCAUUACAUUUUAACUAUGAAACUUUUGUGGAGAAAUACUUAAUAAUUUAUGUAGUAAUUCGUUUUUGGCCCAGACAUAGGGUUUACUCUAGAAAUAAUCUGAAGACCCACUGUGUGUUAGAUUUUUUUUAACUCUGGAAAUAAAAGUUCGCUUGGGCUAUGAAUAAAAAAAAAAAAAAAACAUCAAGAAGAGACAGAAAGGGUGACCUCGACAUACUUGACAAUUCCUCACCAGACUGAUUUUCUGUGAGAUUUGUAUAACAAAAAGAGCAGGUCCUGCACUCAUGUCGAAGAGUGGUACGUGGCCUGGGGGCGUUGCCAUGGAAUCCUUGAGCAAUAUGGACAGUGCAGGGAGCUGUGACAGUGUAAUCAGCAUGAACUCUGGCUACAGUGAUGACAGUAUGGAGCACCUAUCUGCAGAGGAGAGGGCGUGUCUCAUGUAUCUGGAAGAAACUAUUGAGGCGCUGGAAGUGCAGGAGGACAGCGGCUUAUCAAAUGACGAGCCAGAUGCUUUGUCAAAAGCAGAAAAAAAUGGAAUGGAUCAGAUCAGAGUAAACGAUACUUCCCGUUCAACGUCUGCUUCUGGAAGUCAUGGAAUAUUCUUGCCACUUGUUCAAGACACACCAGAUCUUGCACCUGCAACGAUAACCAUUCCUGGGAAAACUGAGCAAAACACUGUGAAUCAGACAUCUGAACUGUUAUCUGUUCCUGCUUCAAUGGCCAACUUGAAAGCUCCUAAAGCAAGGGACCUGGUGCUUCAGCCUGAUCCUGCUGGAUCACCUUCUGGUGAUAUAAUGGGACUAAGCACAGAGGCCUCUGAAAAUGAUCUGGAUAUAAUCCCUCCUCCCUCAGACUUCAUGGAUGAACCAGACACUUCUUCUCAUCCAGAGAAGGUGGAAGAUGUGCCUCCUCCUGCAGAAAUAUUCACUGAGCCAGAAGCAAUGGAGGACUUGCUACAUGCAGGAGAUCUUUCAAAGAAAAUUUCUGAGAGCUCCACUUUGACCAAAGCUCCUCCGACCAAACCUCCCCCUAUCACUAUUUCCAAUCCCCAAAUGAUUUCUUCUCCUGGGGUUCCUGACCCAAGGAGUCCACCUGCUGUGGCCCCAAAGCCAAAGAAGCUUCCUCCCAACAUUAUUUUGAAGUCACACAAAACAGCACCUGCUGGCUCUUCUGGAAAUUCAGGGCAUUCACUGUCCCCCAGCAAUGACAGGGUGUUUUUGGACCCUCAGAGGGUCCGAAUGGAGGCUCUCCGAAAACUCGGACUGCUUAAAAGCAACGAGGAAGAUGCAAACCCUUGUCUGAGCCCUAAACUUCCUCCCAAAACCAGACAGUCAUGGUCUGCUUCCACUCCUCCAAUCAGCCCAGCAACUGCUCAUACACCACCAAUGACACCAUGUUCACCAUGUUACACCCCUGUCAGCAGCCCCCCUCCGGCCAUUGUCCCCCUCCAGCCUGAAACACCUACCACCGUAUUGCCAUCAGCUACUUCUACCGCUCCUCCCAUUCAGGCAUCUAAUGUUCUCCCAGUACCUGCAGCUUUUAGAGACCCGACUGGACAUGGCCCUUUGAAUACCAGUAGUACCCCUCCUCUUACCCCUCCUGCGCCAGUCAAGAAGCUAACCACUCCAAAGGUCAUUGGCAUCAAGUCAGCCACCCUGGAGCGCUCUGGUUUGGGUCUAAGUACUUAUCUGACUCACCAAAGCUCAAUGGAGUCUGGUCAGAGCAUCAGUGGUGAUCAAAGCCCCAGGCAGCUGCGCAACAAUCGGCCACGUCCUUCGUCUCUGGGGAGUGGGAAAGAUUUUUCACAUGCCAAGAGGGAAGAUUUGCAGGCAGGCCACACCACUAGCAAAGAGCCAGAUUCUCAGAAGUCUUUAUCUGCCCAAACUGGCUUCCAGCAGUCCAGAGAGUCUGCCAAAUUACCCCGAUCACAAGGCAUCAGCGUGCUUAUCUGUCCUCGUUCAGAGAAUGGAGAGAACCGCCGCGAGGCUCUAAAGAAGCUGGGACUAAUCAGAGACUGAGCCGUAUCUUAAACCAUAGACUCUCUUACAUUACAAUAAAGGAACAUAUCAAAGGUUGAUACAGGACAGAGAAGGACUUUCCCAGUUUUGGGGAAGCAUUUUCACCACAAGCUUUUGCUUCUUCAUUUCUACUACAUUAGCUAUCAUGUGAUUGUCUUGCAUGACUUGAAUUCAAUGACUGUGACCACGCUUGCAUAUACACUUUAUAUGGCCAUAUUUAUAUAUCUCAUAAAAUAGGAAAUCAAGAACUUUCUGAAAGGACUUUCCUUAUGUGUCACUUUAGCUGUUUUUUUGUUUUUUUUUUAUAAAUUCUGUUACUUUUAAGAGUCACUGAUGACCCAUGUAGUCAUUUCAGAUAUAAACCUUAUCCACUUCAUGUUCUGCUUUUAUAUGUAGUUUGUUUAGAGGUAAAAUGAGUGACUUGGUUCCCCUCAUAGUUCUUAUCUUACAUUGAAAUGUCACUUUUGCUAACUUUGACUUCCUACACAUUUUUUAAUCUGACCAUUUGUCCCCCAAAGUUUCAUGUAAUUAUAAAAUGCUCUGCCUAUAUUAUAUCUGUCCAGUUUAAACUUUUUUUUUAAAGAUUAUGUCAUUGAAUUUACAAAAAUACAUUGCUGGAACAUACCUUUCUGUAACUUGAAGCAUGCAGAUCAUAAAGGAAAAGAAUCUGAAACAUGUGGCUUGCACAGAUGCACAAUGACCCACUCAAAAAGACUUGGAACCAUUUUACUCUUUAGCUACAGUAUGUGUCUUGAGUCAUUCUGGGUCUGUCUGGUGCAGGCUUCGCUGCCUACAAGGUGUCUAAAGAUCUUUUGUUUUGCAACAGACAUGUCUUUUGUUAUACUUACAAAAUUUUGGAAAAGUCAGCCCUCAUGUAUUAUGACAAAUCACACACUGGUUUUCUGGCUCAACUCCACUUUGUUUUUGUUUUGUUUUUUGUGCUUGUGUGUGUUUUUUUAUCUAAUAUGAUGGUGAGAGAACUGGUGCAACCUGUUUUUUUAGACUUUACUUAAUAUCCUCGCUGCUCCCAAUUGCUCUGUUACGACUCAUCUGCUUGUCUGGAAAGCAUUUAUUCUCUGCUGCAUGCUUUAAAAAAGAAAUAGGUUUGUUAUUUUCUGUUUUUGAUGUUCAGGUAAUGUGCUGGAUUUAUAAUUUAGUUAGUUACAGAAGAAACAACAGGGGUCUCAACCUCAUUUAUCUGGUUGUGGACACAAACAGCACUUUCUGGACAAUGUUGAAAAUGGCCAAACAAUUUAGAUGUGCUGUCCCUGGGAUAUUUUUUUCGUAGGUAUCUGUAUCCAGCAUCUCAUUUGUUUAUUUGUUUUGCAAAUAUUUUCAUACCUUCCUUUAAUUUUGUAUUUUGAACAUUUUUCCUAGGAAAAGCUAAACUAUGAUCACUAUCUGCUGGGGAAAUGUUUGUAACAUGAGCAAAGUGAAAAUGAUUUUAAUAUCGUUUUGAAUAUUUCCUGAUAUAAGAUAUAGAGAUAAGGCACAUUGGCAAAAUUCGUUGGCGAGAUGAAAAUACAUUAGAAAAGGUAACUGGUCUGUUUUUGUUAGUUUAGCUUGCAAGAAAAAUCUUUCGAAACAUGAAGAGGAGGCAGUUUGAGCUGUCAAACUAACACAGCUGGGUUUGAGCUGCUCUGUGGCAUGUUGGUAUAUGGGCUGUCUUUCCUUUCUGACAGCGACCUGAUGGAGGAAGUGUCAGUGACUGCAUCUGUCUAUCACUUUCACUGUUAUCAACAUAAACCUUACUGUUACCGUCAUAAGAUCAUCUGUUCUAACAAAGUGGCACAGAGACACUGCCAAGUCUGCUGUGGUUUAGGCAUAUUCAGCCUAUUCUGUUAUGAAUAACAUUCCAUCAUAGUUUGCAUAUUUCCUAAUGUGCAGUAUUCCAAUAAUAAACACUGUAGAAAGUGCAGUGACAACAUAAACCAAUAUAACUGCUAUAGAAUAUUAUAUAAUGUUGACAAGGAUUGCUGGCAAUCAACCAUUCCUUUCACAGUCUAUGCACAAUUAUUUAUCUGGUCAGUAUUAAGAAUAUAUAGAUUUCAGUGUGUAGAAUGUGGCCUAAAGUGAUAAACAGAAGCAGUACUAUGUAAGAUUCAAAAGUUUAAGAUUGGGCCAUUGAAUUCCUGAAGAUUUCUCAAAGGGUCAUUUAGUUCUAGUGGCACUUGGAAUAUGUUCAAACCACCAAUGGACAGAGCACCAUUCAACAGGGUGGAUGUACUGGUAUGGGCUGCUAUCAUUAAGGACUAGUUAGUUGGAUGUUUCUAGUUUAGUUUCUAGUUUCCCACACCUGCUACCAGUUUCUAAAAUAUACUUUUCUCAAGCAAUGAUGCUGAAAAUUGUUCACGACUUUAAAGGCCAUGAUGUCUAUGCAGGAUGACGUUCCAUCAUAUUCGUCCUCUCCUUGGCUACCCUACCAGUAAUGACUUCAAAGAUAACUUGGACACUUCCUCAACUGACUGAAUAUCAAACAUGGAAUGUGCAGUGAAAGGAGAAAAUGUACUUUUU